AUGGACCAUCACCGCGUAGCGCCCAACGACCACGAGGCAAAUGGCCGCGCUCAUCGCAGGCUGCGCACCAGCGACGAGAAACGGACCCACGUGCGGCAGCAACACGAGGAAUUACGGGAGAAACAUCCCAAGCUCGGGCAGCGUCGGAGGAUUGAGAUUGGCGAGGAGGAGGAGGAGAAGGCGGCCAAGACCGGCGUGACCAGGAGCAGCGGCGCCACGAAGAGGGAGGGAUGA